AAUCCCUCCUCUUCUUCCCACCUCUUCAAAUUCAUUGGCUGCCGGAGGAGCAGCGACAAUGUUUAAUGCACCAUGCGGUGUCCGGAGUUCAGUCAGUGAGAGGAAGCGUUCAAUGUGCUCAGGACUGUUUGACGUGCGGGAAAUACUAAAGAACGAUAGUGCGUAAAGCUACCCCUUUCCUUUCUGUCAGCCGCGGGGAGACUUGUGGCAGAAUGCGGGGUUGUUGCUGACCACCUCCUCAGCAGCUGUCUCUCUAUCUCUCUGUGUUUCUCCCUCUUUCUCUGUGUGUGUGUGGACUUUGACGGGGGACGCGGACAAGGACAAAAUGCCACUACGGGAUUCGGUCUCUGUGCGCUGUUUCGGAGAUAAAAAAACACCACCCACCGCUUUCUGAGAAAAUAUCUAACUUUGGAUCUACCUUUCCGCACAUCUGGAUUUCUCUCCUCCUCUCCUCCAGUUUUCCUUCCUGAUGAACGGUGACUCACUGCAGGCAGAAGGCGAGCCGCUGCAUCCUAAUCAGACAGCGGAGAGGACUUCAGCUCAUUGACAUUACAGUCAUACUUUUCUGGAGCACUUUUUUUAUUUCCACUGCGCUGCACUGUAGCCUGCGUGUGCAUCGGGAGCUCGUGGCUUUUCCCCGCACACAGAGGGGGAAAGAGGAUACGGGAGGUACCUACUCUGCUGUGGCUGAGGGGAUGAAACUCUCCUUGAACCCUACUGGAACUGACUAUUCCAAUUUUUGCGCUUCUAUUUUCUGGACUAUUGCAGCAGUUUGUGAUGGUGGUAUGAGUGAACACUUACAAUGACUAUUCUGUUUGGGGACUGGAUCGCGAUUAUUGCUCAGAUGAGUCUGGGCGCUCAGCUGAAUAUAAAUUAGGUGUUCGGCUCUACAGAUUGCUGGAAGAGGCAGAGGAAGAGAGAGAAAGAGCAAAGACAAUCCACAAAGACAAAUGCCAAGGCCUCACAUGAUGAACAGAACUCUUUAUUUGAUCCUGAAUAAUAGAAAUACCAAAUUUGAGGAAGAAAUCAACAGGUCAACGGAGGAAUAAACACCACAGAUAAUCGCAGCUUUUACAGAGUGGGGAUGUAUCUUUCUAUUUUCUUUUUCCUUCUCUUAUGGGCUCAAGCCCUGACAUUGAAAAACUUGAAUUACUCUGUCCCAGAGGAACAGGGUCCAGGGACAGUUAUUGGGAACAUUGCCAAAGAUGCCAGACUUGGACUGGAGCAGACUGGGCCGGGAGGACAGGGUAAGAAAGCCAACUUCAGGGUGCUGGAGAACUCAGCUCCGCAUCUCAUCGACGUAGACCCCCAAAGCGGACUGUUGUACACAAAGCAGCGCAUCGACAGGGAAACAUUGUGUAAGAGAAACCCCAAGUGCCAGCUCUCCAUGGAGGUGUUUGCCAACGACAAGGAGAUCUGCAUGAUCAAAAUAGAUAUCCAGGAUAUUAAUGACAAUUCACCAGCUUUCCCCUCUGAUCAGAUUGAUAUUGACAUUUCUGAAAAUGCAGUGCCAGGGACACGCUUUCCUUUGACCAGUGCUCAUGACCCAGAUGCAGGAGAAAACGGCCUGAAAACUUAUCAGAUAACACGCGAUGACUACAAUCUCUUCUCCUUGGAGGUAAAAGCCCGCGGGGAUGGGACUAAAUUCCCAGAAUUAGUUAUUCAAAGACCACUGGACCGAGAAGAACGAAGCCAUCACACCCUUAUUCUGUCAGCCACUGAUGGAGGGGAGUACCCUCGAUCAGGUACCAUGCAGAUAAAUGUGAAAGUUAUUGAUUCCAAUGAUAACAGCCCUGUGUUUGAUCAGCCCUCAUAUGUAGUAGAAAUCCCAGAAAAUUCCGCUCCAGGUAAAGUUCUGAUUGAUUUAAAUGCAACAGAUCCUGAUGAGGGCAACAACGGACAAGUGGUCUAUUCUUUUAGUGGUUACGCCCCAGAGAGAAUCCGGGAGCUCUUCUCCAUAGACUCCAGGACGGGAGUCAUAAAGAUUCAAGGGGAAAUCGACUAUGAAGAGAGCCCAGUUAUAGAGAUUGACGUCCAGGCAAAGGAUCUGGGUCCAAAUCCAAUCCCAGGCCAUUGUAAAGUCACUGUUAAAGUGCUUGACAGGAAUGAUAACUGGCCAUCUAUAGGCUUUGUUUCAGUGAGACAGGGAGCCAUCAGCGAGGCAGCACCUCCAGGCACUGUCAUUGCUCUGGUCCGUGUCACAGACAAGGACUCAGGGAGGAACGGGCAGCUUCAGUGCAGAGUGUUGGGUAAUGUCCCUUUUAAACUUGAGGAGAACUAUGAUAACUUCUAUACGGUGGUGACAGACCGGCCCCUGGACAGAGAAGUGCAGGAUGAGUACAAUGUCACCAUUGUAGCCAAAGACAACGGGCUUCCUCCUCUUAAUUCCACUAAAUCCUUCACUGUGAAGAUUCUGGAUGAGAAUGAUAACGUUCCCCGCUUCACUAAAUCAGUUUACCUUCUUCAGAUACCUGAGAACAACAUUCCUGGGGAGUACCUGGGUUCAGUUCUGGCACAUGAUCCAGACCUUGGCCAGAAUGGAACAGUGUACUACAGCAUAGUGAACUCCAACGUGAGCGGGGGUGAUGUCAACACGUAUGUUAAUGUGAACGCUGCAAAUGGAGCCAUCUACGCUGUGAGAUCUUUCAACUACGAGCAAAUUAAGUAUUUUGACUUCAAGGUUCUCGCUAAAGAUAACGGAUCCCCGCACCUGGAGAGCAACGCAACAGUGCGCAUCAGCGUCCUGGAUGUCAAUGACAACAUCCCUGUCAUAGUUCUUCCCUUGCUCCUGAAUGACACAGCUGAAAUCCACGUGCCUCGUAAUGUUGGCGUCGGCUACAUCGUCACCACGGUGAGAGCGGUGGAUAACGACUACGGGGAGAGCGGGAGGCUCACCUACGAAAUUUCAGACGGCAAUGAGGAGCACCUCUUUGAAAUUGAUCCUGUGACAGGGGAAGUGCGAACAUCCCACCCAUUCUGGGAUGACGUGAACCCGAUUGUGGAGUUGAUCAUCCGAGUGGCCGACCACGGCAAGCCGACUCUCACCGCCGCUGCCAGGCUCAUAAUCAAGGCCUCCGAUGGACGCCCGCCUGAUGGACUGCCCCGCACUAAGGACAAUCAGAAUUGGGACAUGUCCCUUCCUCUCAUUGUGACUCUCAGCAUCAUAUCCAUCAUGCUUCUGGCUGCGAUGGUGACUAUAGCAAUUAAGUGCAAGCGGGAAAACAAGGAGAUCCGAACCUAUAAUUGUCGCAUUGCAGAGUACUCGCACCCUCAGCUGGGAAAAGGCAAGAAGAAGAAGAUUAACAAGAACGACAUCAUGCUGGUGCAGAGCGAGGUGGAGGAGCGGGAUGCCAUGAAUGUGAUGAAUGUGGUAAGCAGCCCUUCCUUGGCCACCUCUCCCAUGUACUUUGACUACCAGACACGCCUGCCACUCAGCUCACCAAGGUCAGAGGUCAUGUACCUCAAGCCCACUGCCAAUAACCUCAGCGUGCCCCAAGGCCACGUGGGAUGCCACACCAGCUUCACAGGCCCAGUCACCAGCACUACAGACACACCUACUAACCGCAUGUCCAUCAUACAGACGGACAAUUUCCCCACUGAGCCUAAUUAUAUGGGUAGCAGACAACAGUUUGUUCAGAGUAGCUCGACAUUUAAAGACCCAGAGCGAGCCAGCCUAAGAGACAGCGGGCAUGGCGACAGCGACCAGGCCGACAGCGACCAGGACACCAACAAAGGCUCCUGCUGCGACAUGUCUGCAAAAGAAGCCCUCAAGUUAAAGGCCACGGGCGUGAAACCUCCACCUCUGGAGCAAGAUGAGGAUUGUGUGAACUGUACGGAGGAGUGCCGAGUUCUGGGUCAUUCUGACCGCUGUUGGAUGCCCCAGUUCCCCGCUGGAGGAAACCAGGCAGAGGGCAUCGACUACCGCAACAACAUGUUCGUACCAGCAGGGAUGGAGACUGUUCCGGAGACAGAAACCUACGAGGCGGUCAACCCCAACGGCAAGAAGACGUUUUGUACCUUUGGGAAAGAGAGGCGUGAUCACACCAUCCUGGUCGCCAAUGUCAAGCCGUACUUGAAAGCAAAACGUGCCCUCAGUCCACUGCUCCAGGAGGUUCCCUCAGCCUCCAGCAGUCCUACCAAAGGUUGCUCCACCAUGUCUCCCUGCUCCUCAAUCAAAAGCCCAGCCGACGGAGCUGAAGGCAAACCUCCUCCUGCCACCUGCUCCGGUCACUACGGGCCUCCUGACGGCCAGUACCUGUCACCAACCAAACAAAGCAGAGAACAGGGCGUCUACCCGCCCUUACCUCCCUCAGAUCCGGUAGCCAAGGUGCUCGCAGAGGCCCGCUCCAGGAUAAGCCAAGAGGCAACAGGUGAGAUGGAGUCUGUCCUGGAGCACGUUGAGCCAGGGAACGCAAACCGCGACAGAAUGGACGCUGACCAGGUGGUGAGAGACAUCGACAAACUAUUGCAGGACUGCAGAGGAAGUGAGGGCACUGGCACGCUCAGGAAGUGACACAAGGGACUAAAACAGAAAACAGCGGGGAGGAAGAGAGAGGAAUAGAAUAUUAUUCCAAAAACUCUCAUGCCAAAACUUUCACCAAAACAAAUCAGAAAGGUUAAACGGCUCGUACGAUUGGAGCUUUUUUUCACUGUAUUUGUUGUUGAAAAGUACCGACACUGGACGGGAAACAGGAACAUUUAUAAUGUCAGUGAUUUGCACCAGUUUUGGUGCUGCGAUCCCUUCCAACAGAGAGGAACUUGGUACAAAACAUCUGGAUUCUACUGAAUUUAUAAACUCUUUGUUUUGGAUUCUUAAACAAAUUGCAGAGGCUUUGCUUCUGGCACCUCGCAAACUAUUAUCUAAGUGCCCACCAGCUCAUAAGUGUGUUGUUCAUGGUCUCUUGUGAAACCCUACAUAUCCAAGUGUGUGUAGGUGGAUUUCUGUUAUGUGUGAUGGCCAUAGAAACUGAACGACAAAGGACUUUUAAUGGUCAGACACGACAAUCGAACAGAGAGAUUCUAAUCUAUUUGGGACGGUGAAAACACGAAACAACCUUAUCUUUUCUGACUUUAAUGUUUGCGUCAAACGUGUGAUGGAUCCUGUAUCACGGUAUGAAGAGAUCGGUGGAUCAGGUCCGCUUGUGUUGGUUGUGGACUCGGGGGGUCGUUGGGGCUUCGAUGCUUCGCUGAAGGAGAAUUAUUAACAGUGUAACCAUUGUUUCACCUGUCAUUUGUAGCCACAUGUGUAAGUUGUGUCUGUCUCACGCCUCUAUUUAAACAUUCAUGUUGCUGACCGGUGUAGCUGCACACACCAAUUUUACACAUGUGCACUACACGUGCUGACACACUCACAUGCACUGAUACCCCAAACACACACACACACAUACACGCACUUAUGCUUAAACACAAGUGGCCAUCUGUGUAAUUGUCUUCUACAUGAACAUCAUCAGCUUCUGUCCCUUGUGUACAGUGAAUAAUCAUGUGUGUGACUCUGCCUUAAGGCAAUCACAAGUUGUAUAAAAAGGGACAUUUUUCCUCAACUGUGAAAAGAUGAUAUCUAUAUGAUGAUAUAGAUGAUUAUAUGUAUGAAUCCAUGUAUAGUGUCCAAAUAUUAACUGAAUAUUUAUACAUUUUUUAAGAAAAAAAGAAAUGAGGAAUCUCAGCAACAAAGUGUCCUCAAGUAAAGGUGGAGAACGGGGUAUUAACUCAAAGAACUGCAAAGGACACUGCCAUUGUUUCGAAGUACCCAAAAAUAUAAACAAACAACAAAAUGUCCCUUCACAUUAUCACUAUACAUAAUAUCAUUAUAUGUGUAAAUGUAUCCGAUUUAGAUGUGUUUACAUCAAAAAAUUGACAUAUUUUUAUUGAUUUUACUGCAAUUUCUGUGCAUUUGAGCCAAAUUGUUAUGUGUACAAAAGCUAUAUUGUGUAUUUUAUUAAAUUAAUAUAUAGUUGUGUUGCAAUAUACAUGGGCUUAUAUUGUAUUUGGCAAAAGUUGCCUUAGUAGCUGUCGAACUCUGUGAGUUUGCUUUAGUUUGGGUUUUUUUUUCUUGGUGGUUUUUUUUCCUCUCUACUCUGCAUCUUUGCAGGCUGGCUUCAGUGCUUUUGAGAUGUCGCCUCUUUUUACCCUGAGAUCCAGCUGGAUCAGAUACAAUAACUGUUAAAAGCUUAAUGAGCCAGCUGAUCUAGAAUACAAUUCAAAAACCAACAACAAAAAGCAACAACGACAAGAAAAACAUUAAAAAAAAAAAACAGCAAAAAAAAAGGUUUGAAUAUUUUUACUGAGCAAGAUUUUUACAGGGCAGCUAUUUUUCUUUAACAAUAACUAGGAUGCGGAUUUUGUGUUCAUUACGUUUUUACUUUCUUUCCAAAAAAAGAAACCUGCCAUAUGGAAGGUGGAGUGGUUUCCUUGGUGAUCAUAAAACUGCCUUACUGUCUCUGCGGAGAGCUUGUUGUAUCUGUGGAGCUUGUGACUGCUUCUAAAGCCCUGGUCCACCAGAAUGUGCAUUUUCUACAAAGGACCAAAAGAGGUUCUUUUUCAGCAGUCUGUGUUGUUUCUGUAUGUACUCCUUCUCGAUACAUGUUAGAAUUCUCAUUCUUUGCAGAGAAACUUGACAUCUGAAAUUCUAUCUGAAGUUUCUUUUGAAUUUGAUGUCUUAGCUGUUUAGGUACACGGUUUAUAUAACCAAGUGUCUUCACAUUCAGGCUUUCUUAAAUAAAAAAAUGAUACAGACAUUUAUUUUUGAAAAUUUUGGCACAUUUCGGCCACCCUCUGAGAUAAGAAUUGGAGGUGCUUUUUCUAAUAUUCUCUGUGCGUUAAAUAAGCAGAACAGUAGGCGGUUAGAUUAGACGUGUUCUGGGGGAAAAUGACCAUAAUCACCAAAUCUAAGGGAAAUGCAGCCAUGAGAGGGAACAGUGACUUACACUCACACGGCUCCUGGUGUGUUCAGUGUCUCUGAGCUGAGUUGGAAUCUUGACGGCAGAUAUUACACAACCUCCAAACAUGUCACAUCUGAGUAUUUUGGUAUCUCUCUGCUCCUGCUUUAUUUUCUUAAUCGACUUACAUGUUUGGACAUCCUCCUGUCAUUCUGCCAUCUUGCUGUUUCUGUAGCCUACUUGCCAUCGUUUCUUUUAUUCACUUUUCAUUUGCUUACUUUUCUCCGCGGCUGUUUGCUCUGUCGCCCUGAGGAGCAAAGUAAGUCGUAGCUUUUCUCCUCUCUUUCGUCUGUAAAGUAUUUGGUUUCGGUUUACCCUUGCUCUUUUUUUCCCUUUGGAGAUAGCAGCGGCUGUUUUCAGAGAGGGCUUGGAAGAUUUGACAGAGGAGGAAAAUAUUUAUGAGCAUUCUAAAAAGAUUCUUUUUUUUCCUCGGUGAUCUCACUCAAAUAUCUGGAUAAAUCAAGCAGGCCUGACAUUAACAUCAUAAACACAGCACAAACAGUUUAAAUGUGCUGUUCAAAGUGCACGCUGCAAGUGAGAUCUGAACAAAACUGCUGCUUUGCACACACCCACACACACAAAUAACCCGGGCACUCCAGCAGCACACUGCCUUUCAUUUGAAUGCAUCGCCCCUUAAAGGUAAAGCGAAGGCUGAAAGAGAGGGCAAACACUACCCAGACAAAUGUGACACUUCCACACUUGUGUUCAUGCUUUAUUUCCUCUUUAUCUCAUUGUGCUCAGUCUUCAUGCUAGAUCAAGCAUUUUCUACUCUGUGUGUGUGUAUGUAUGUGCCUGAUUCCCCUCCAUGUCGACAAAACAAUUCCUUUCCUAUUAUUUAAUUUCUUUCAUCUGCGCGCUAAAGAUUUAAUUCCAACUCGCAUUAAAGCUCUGCUGCUGCUGCUGCUGCGCUCCAGCUUUUAUUUGGGCAUUAUUUUAGACAAAGUGCAAAGGUCACCCCCAGGAUUGUGUCUGUUACUCAGUCUGGCUGCCACACACAGUCACUGUCAACAUCUAAAGUGCUGUCCCCUCUAAUGGCGUUCCACUGGCUCGGCCGCUGUCUGUAUACUCACGACCUGUGGGCACGAAAUGAGCCGGGGUCCAGUGGAUGGAGGGUUCUCUUCAAAGCCAUGGCCCCUCUCUCAGGCUAUUUUCUGUCUAAUAGAGCAGAGGCCGCCGCUGCCGAGGUCAACUCAUAGUUGGAGAUUGAGCGCGAUGUAAGGCCUCUCAUUAUUGACUAAUUACGCCCUGUUGGCAUCAUAGACUGUUGGCAGUGCAUUACUCAGCUCUAGAGUGGGUUCUUUUUGCCCACUUCAGACUGUUGAUUUUACCAAGUGAUUAGGACAGGGCCUUGUUGAAUGUGGCGAAGCGCCUCUGGUCUCUGACUCACACUGAUGCAGGUGCACGCAGACUCAGACAGCCACUCGCUUCACACGCACGCACACACACACACAGACAACAUGCCAUUUUGGUUAGUUAAAACAGGCACUUAAUGUUCGUCAGUGUCGUUCCCUCACCCUCUCCUUCCUUUCCCUCCAAAGCCCACACUGAUAGCAUAGGGCUCCACGCUAUAACGGGCAUCUGGUGCAAAAAAGAUGGCCAGAGACAUUCAUUUGUAUGGAUUAUUUCAACUGCUAUUGUCUAAAGGCUGUGUUCAUUGUGAUCUAUCUGAAAAAAAGAUGAAAAGAUCAAAU